UCCUGUGUAGUGUUAGCUUUAGAGCUAUCUAUCAGUUUGAUUGCUGCUCAGAUUAAAUUAAAGCAUUAUCAAUUCCAGUUGACAGGUAGAAUAUUUUAGAGUGAAUAAGACAAAAUGAGACGCGCGGGUCUUGGUGAAGGGCCUGGAAAUUAUGUGGCCAGUGGAUACAGCGCGUACGAAGAAGAAAACGAACAUUUACAAGAGGGUCUGAGAGCCAAAGUCAGCGCGUUAAAACACCUAUCAAUCGACAUUGGAACAGAAGUCAAGUACCAGAACAAAAUGUUGGAAGAAAUGGACUCCGACUUUGAUUCAACAGGAGGUUUGCUGGGUGCCACCAUAGGCAGAGUGAAGCAGCUCUCCAGAGGCAGCCAGACCAAGCUCCUGUGCUAUAUGCUGCUCUUCUGUCUCUUUGUCUUUAUCGUCCUCUACUGGUUCAUCCGACUGAGGUGACCAUAACCACAGGAGGCCCUUUCACCCACACCUCCCUGCUCCUCGCGUCUCCUUCCCUGAUCUGUGCCAUGAGCGUGCCUUGGGAUCAGAAAACCGGGAUCAAGAUAAGUGACAACAAGACUGUCUUAGAAUGCCCCGUCGAUAAUGGCAGUGUUUAAUAGGAGGUAAUCAUGCAUUUUAGACAGGCCCGGAAUGGAUGAGGAAGUACUGAGGUAAAGUUGGACAGUAAAAUGUGUACCCAAUUUCACCACAAAUAUUUGUUUUUGUGUGUGUGAUGUAUUGCACCCUGAAGUUACUUUAUCUUAUACAGUCCUGUCACAUUUUCAAAUCUGCCAAUUAUUUUGUUACAGAAGCUGUUAUAAUAAUAAUAACAAUACAUAGUAAAUGCGCCCUUUUGGGUCUUCCUCAUCCUCAGAUAACUUGCAUGAUAACUUUUAAAUGGAAACUUGGUUAUUGAGUUCUGCAUGAUUUAACAUUGAUGUUUCCCAGUUGUGUGACAGUGGGUUAUCUUGCUCCUAGAGAGAUCAUUAGUUAUGAUCGAUACAUUCUGGGGAAUGCUGUUUUACUACUUAUUGCCACCACUGUACACGUUUCUCAUGUCCCCAACAUUUCUGUAAAAUGUUUAAUAUGUAAAUAAACCAGAUAUGUUCUGAUUUAGACCCCC